AUGACCCAGACGCCAACGCUUUCGACGGAGUCCAUAGGACAUGAAGAGGCACCGCAACAGGGAGAAUCAAAUAGCAAGAUUUCUCCAGCUGAAGUGAAAACGGAGACUCAAACACCGCUCUCUGCUACAAAUGAAGAGGUUCUUAAGUUUCUUUCUGGGUGGAAGUUGGCAGCUGUUGUCUGCAGUACGACUCUAGUUGUGUUUAUGAUCCUGCUGGACGUAUCAAUCAUAAGCACUGCAGUUCCAAGAAUCACCAGUGAGUUUCACGCGCUGGACGACGUGGGCUGGUAUGCUGCUGCGUAUCAGCUAGCAAGCGCAUCGUUGCAGCCACUCACGGGAAAGUUUUACACACAUUUCAACACCAAAUGGACUUUCAUCUCUUUCGUAGUGGUGUUUGAGGUUGGGUCACUGAUAUGCGGAAUUGCCAAAUCAUCACCCAUGUUCAUCGGUGGUCGCACAAUUGCCGGCCUCGGAGGAUCAGGAUUGAUAAAUGGGGGCUUGACCAUGAUCUCUGGGGCAGUUUCUACGGAAAAGCGUGCAUUGUACACCAGCUUGAUGAUGGGGUUUGGGCAGCUGGGACUGAUUUCGGGGCCACUCAUCGGAGGCUCUCUUACAGAGUACGCAACCUGGAGAUGGUGCUUCUAUAUUAACCUACCCAUCGGCGCCGUGGCUUUGGUGUUUCUCGUUCUAACCCAUAUCCCCGAACUGACCCAUAAGCCCCGGUUCACACUGUCACUUGUAAGGGAGGUUGUCCCCGAACUAGACCUUAUUGGCUUCCUUCUGUUUGUCCCAGCCUCGCUUAUGUUCCUCCUCGCGUUGCAGUUCGGUGGCAACGAUUAUCCAUGGUCCAGCUCUGUCAUCAUUGGUCUGUUCUGCGGUGCUGGCGUUGCCGCAAUAGUCUUCAUUCUCUGGGAACGCCGAGUGGGAGACAAGGCGAUGAUUCCAGGUUCAAUUAUCAAACAUAAGAUCGCGAUCAGCAGCGCUCUCCAGGGCAUGUUCUUGCUGGGUACGGUAUUCGUCGCCAGCUAUUACUUCCCCAUUUACUUCCAAGCUGUGAAGGGAGUCGGUCCUACGCUCAGUGGAGUAUACUUGCUGCCAAGCAUCUUCAGCCAGCUACUCUUCGUAGUAGCUUCUGGAUGGUUAAUCACAAAAUUGGGAUACUAUCUACCAUGGCCGAUCGCUGCUGGGAUUCUGAGCGCGGUCGGAAACGGUCUCGUGUCGACCUUCUCACCUACAACAGAAACAGCGAAAUGGGUUGGGUACCAAAUCCUGCUGGGUGCUGGUCGUGGCGCUGGAAUGCAAACAGCAAUGAUUGCAAUACAAAACAAUAUGCCAGGGAGACAGAUCCCCGUCGCUAUCGCCUUUCAGAUAUUCUGUCAAAAUAUCCUUGGCGCCAUACUUCUGGUCGUUGCCUCAGUAAUCUUUACGCAGAGUUUGGCAACCGAACUCUCCAAACACGCCCCAUCGGUCACCCCUGAGGCUGCCUCUGCAGCUGGUGGAAGUGCAAGUGCAGUGCGCGCUCUUGUUCCGCCCGGGAGUCCGGAACUUGAUGGACUGCUGCUGGCGUAUUCUAAUAGCGUUGACAGAGUCUUCUAUCUUCUUGUUGCUCUCUCUGUUGUGAGCUUCGUUGCUGCAUGGGGAAUGGGGUGGAAGGACACAAGAAAGAAGAAUCAGCCAGGGAAAGGGGCUCCCUAA